UUAGCUUGUCUUGGAUUUUGUGGGGGAAAUUGGCAUCACCAAAUGCUCUUUUACUCCUUCCCUUUUCAUUUGCAUUGAUUACCUCAAAUCCCGGUCCCUAAUGGUAUUUGUCUUGUAACACAUUUCAACCAAAAACUGUGAUUGGAUCUCUUCAGUGUGCAUUGGGAUAUUCUUGAUUAAAUCUUCGCUAAUCUUCAUCUUCUAUUGCCUUCUAUGAGUCAUCAGUAAAUCUUGAAGAUCUAAGAUUGAGUAUUGAUUUCUAAUAUGUGCCAUUGCGUGUCUUGUCUUAUCAUCAGUAAAAUGAUAAAAGGCAGGUAGCUCGAAUUUAGUAGAGAAGAUAGAUCAUCAGAAAUUAUUGAAAUAAGGAAGAAAUUUUGAAGCCUUACAGUUUCUACAAGCUUUGAAACUGCCGAAAUUUUACUCUUAUGUAACAUCACCUGUUGGCUGAAAAUGGGAAGAAAUGACCUUGAAAAGUUUGAAGCAACCAAUAGAUUGUUCAGAAAGAGCACAAGGAGAGAAUCUUCACAAUUUCAGAUUUUAAAGAAAGGAAAUGAACAUCCUGCAUGGUUACCUGAUGGCUGGAACGUGGGUUUCAAAACCCGAAAAAGUGGUGUGCACAAGGGAGCUAUAUAUAAGUGCUUCAGUGAUCCAUUGAACAGAUUCAAAUUCUACUCCAAACCUGAGGUAUUACGGUAUCUUGAAACUAUAGAUGGCAGCAACUGCACUUUCAAGAAGGGAUGCCCUGCUAAGCAAUCUACAAGCAAUGAGUCAUCUGCCCCCAAAAGACAGAAAGUGAAGCAUUCUGCAAUCAAACAGCAGCUUUCUGCCGGCAAAGAAGUUUCUGACGGUGUCUUAGAAUUGUCAGGUGCUUGCAGCUCAAAAGAAGGGCAAAAUAUGAAGGUGUCUGCCGAAUUUAUGGUUUCUCCUGUUUUAACUUCUGACUCUGUGGGCAAGAUGCAUUUGCCCAAGGAGUCAGCUGAAAACAAUUCUGAAAUUAAACAAUCUAAUCCAGCUAAUGAUGUGCAUGAGAAGAAUUAUUUUAUGAGUGGAGUGGAGAAGACUGAUGAAGGGAACCCUUUUCACACAAGCAUAUCCAAAAACAAGAAAGAGUUGAAUGUGCCCCAACAAAAUUUGAGACAACUCACUGGCAAAGCUGACCAGUUAACCAGCACAGUGACCCACGAACCGGCUCGUCGAGUUUCAAGGAGAAACUUUAGGAAAAGUGUGACCCCUAUAGGCGUUGACUUGAAAAACAAAUCAUCUCAGAAGCAAAAACCAUGUGAAGAGUUACUGAACAAAAACAGCAAUCCUGAUGUUGAACUAGCUUACAGAGAUCAACCAUACCAGCUAGUAACAGAAAAAAUAGAUGACAAAGAGGUAGAACUUGAAUGUUCUGAGUUUCAGGAUUCCAGUGCACAAAGUCUCAAGGUUGAAAUGAAGAACAUCACAUGUGAAUUACCUGCUAGGGAUGUUUCUCAUAGGGAUCAAAGAUUGGCUUCUGAUGCUAAUGUCAUGAAAGAAGACACAUUGCCUGUCGAUCAGAUUGGAAAAAGUGAUACCUCUGAAAUUCAUGUUAACUUGAACAAAUAUAGUGAUAGGAAAGAUCAUUGCAAUCCAUGUCGGCGGGCUUCAAAGCGACUUGCUGGAUUAGAACCAGAGGUGACGACCAACUCGAUAGUCUGCAAAAGAGCUCCUGAAUAUAAGAGUAGAAGGCCUAAAGGUAGAAUCAAUGCAGCUUUGCGGCAAACUGAGGGCGGGUUGACUGUUGAUCGUGCAGAUAAUGCUUCUACCUAUAUAAAUAUGCCAUUAAAUAGGGAGACAUCAAAUAAAAACUUAAAAUCUCCUGAAAUUCUACCCAUUACUCAUGAGCAACCAGAAAAGCAUGGAAAUGAAGAAAUAGAUUAUGAGAAAUCAGAACCUCAGCAGUCCAUUGCUUCCCAAUACUCUCGGUCUGACCCAUGCUUGGAAUUUGCAAUGAAGACUCUUACUGGCGAGUUACCCGUUGAGAAUUCGAUUGGUGAUGGACCUAAUCUGGCUACUGAUGCCAUGUUGUUUGACGGUGCUAAAGAAAGCAGCAGUGAGAGAAAUGUGCAGGUGAAUUCAAAGAAAUUGAAGAGCAAGGAAAAGCUUAAAUUGCCUCGUCGGUUGUCAAGGAGACUUGCUGGCCAUAAGCCUGAGGUAAUGCCUGCUUUAAGAGCUGUAGAAUAUGCUACUAGGAAGUCAUGCCAAGAUAAAUCAACUGCAACUGUGUUUUUGAAAAAUGGAGUUUCUCAGCUAGUUGGUGCUGGCAAAGAAAUAGAGCUUACUCUUGAUGCAUCUAACAAUUUGUUAAAAUCAAAUGUGCUUGGUGAAUCAUUGAACAAGAGUGAAACGUCAUAUGAAGUCCAAAAUUUUCCAGAGUAUCAGCAGCAGAAGCUUGAAACUGACAGCUUGGAAACAAGAACACUUAAAGAAACAUCGGACAGGAGUGAGGAGCUAUAUGAAACCCAAACGGUUGAUGAAUUGAAUGAGAGUGUGAAAUUAUUUGAAACCCUAAAUAUUCCCACGGAGCAACAGCAAGAGCUUGAAACUGUGAUGAGUUCAGAAGCACAGCUUUGCUUAGCAGAUGGGGAAGAAACUGAGCGUACACUUCGUGCAAGUGCCAGUUCAAAAACAGAAGUGCUUAAAGACACAUCAAACAGGAGUGUGAAGUCAUAUGAAUCUCAAACUAUUGAAGAAUUGUUAUGUGAAGACCAAACUGUUGCCAAUGAGCAACAGCAGAAGCUUGGUGGUUCGAUGUCAGAGCCACAAACGUGCUUAGCCUAUGAGCAGUUUUGGUCAGAUCCUUGCCUAGAAUUCGCAAUCAAGACCCUAACAGGUACAUUACCAGUGGAUGAUGCUGCCAACGUUUUGCCAGUUAUGACUACUGAUAACAAUGACCAAACAGACAAGGAAUUGCUUGACGGCGUGGUAAAGAGUCCCAGAGAAGGAAGUCAUGAUAACUUGAACCAAUCUGAAAAUGAUAAACUCACGAUGCCUAAACAAACUCAAUUGAGGACCGGCUCCACAUUUUGCCAAAAUAGGGUGUCUUGUGGUGAUGAAGCUGAUUUAACUAGGAAUUUGAACGAAGGAGAGCCCCUUUGUAUGGAAGACGUGAAUACAACAAAACUUCUGCAUCAAAGAAUUACUGGAAGCACAGUUAUCCAUGAAGAGCUACCGAAGAAAAUCCCUCAAGUUCUUGAUGUUGAAGCUGUUCCAUCUGAGCAACCACAACUUGAAACUGAAAUCAUGAGCCAUGAGAAGCCUGAGGCUCAGUUUCGUUAUCCAUUUAUGGAUUCUUGGUCAGACCCAAGUCUGGAAUUUGCAUUCAAGACUCUAACAGGUGCCAUAACAAUAGAGGAAGAUUUACCAACUCAAGGAUGCUUGGAGGAAACUGCCAUAUGGAGUGGCCAGAGGGACAGUUACUCAUCGUUGCCAGAUUUUGGACCUACCAGCUUUUCUCAAAGUGAUAUAUCAUCCUACUGCAAUAUGGAGGAGAGGUCCAUUGCAGAGCAGCAGCCACAAACUAGCCUUGGCGCAGAGGUUGAUCCUCAGAAAUACCAUUCUCAUUGCAAUAGGAAAAUUUCAAGGUAACUUCCUCCCAAAAAAAAAGGAAAAAAAAAAAAGAACCAAGAAAGAAAGGAAGUUUGUGUAGCCCCUGAAUAACUAAGAUUCAUUGUUGGCCAUCUAUGAAUUGUCAUUGCUCAUCUUGAUGUAGUUCUUGUAACAUAGUAGGGACUUUUAUUUCCUGAACAGGUAUGUUUCAACUAGAUAUUCUAUUUUGUAUGUCUUGAAGCUCCAUAUAUUAAGUAUAUCCACACAAAAAAAAUGUUUUAUGUAUUAAACAAAGCAGGGACGCAUGAUAGUGCAACAGCUGUUCGAUCUGUA